CACAACCUGAAUUUCCACCAAGCAAAGCCAAACUGCCAGAGAGAAAAUGCGUUCCUACAUUCUGAUUGCCCUCUUCGCCCUGAUUGCCCUGGCAGCUGCUCAAGGCGGACCACAAGGUGGACAGCAGGGUGGCCAGGGAGGACCUCAAAAUGGUCAGCAAGGAGGACAGCAGGGAGGACCCCAGAAGGGACCCCAGGGAGGACAACAGGGAGGCCAGCAGCAGGGAGGUCCUGGCGGUCCAUGGGGUCUGCCUCCGAAUGGAACCGAACUCUCCAACAGUACCACCACUUCGACCACUGAGGCUAGCACCACUGAAUCCAGCAGCACAGAGGUUUCCUCUUCGUAACUUAAAGAUUGAUCCCAAUGAAAGCCAACAGGCUUGCUCAGUUCCUUAUCCUUGCCUUUAUUAAUACAAGUUCGUGGAAUAAAUUGAUAUUAGUACUCUAAUGCGUU